AUGAUCAAGGUGGCCCAUUUCGAUAUCGAGAAGCCCCUCCAACACAUUCAGGCCGAAGUGGACUCGGUGCUGCGGUCCUCCUUGCCUGCGCUGACCUUGGAUGAAAGCUACGAGUCCAAGGAGCGGUUGGUCAUUGAGAUCCUGGAGUCCGUGAGGCCGGCCAUGGGGCCCUAUGGCUAUGAGAUCAUCAACGUGCUCAUCACCGACGAUGUGUUCCCGGAGCAGCGGGUGAUGGCGGCCAUGAACGAAAUCAACGCGUCCAGGAGGAAGCGGGAGGCCGCGUACGAGAAGGGCGAAGCAGAGAAGUGCCUGAAGACGAUCAAGAUGGCGGAGGCGGACGCGGAGUCGAAGCGCCUCUCGGGGGUGGGGAUGGCCAACAUGCGCGCAGCCAUGGCACAGGGCUAUCAGGACGGGUUCAUGACGGAGACCGGCAUGAAUGAGAAGGAAGCCAUGCACAUGAUGAUCAUGACGCAGUACUUGGAUACCUUGAAAGAGUUCGCGGGCUCCCAUGGCUCCAUCAUCGUGCCCCACGGCCCCCACGCCGUGAAAGAUCUGAGCUCGCAGAUCCGAGAAGGUAUGCUUUCGGCAGCGCCCCAGCAAAAGAUGGCCAAGGGUGCCGGCUGCGGCGUGUGA